AUGGUGAAGAAUGGUCCCUUCAGUGUGUCGAACAUGAAUGAGAUGAUGUCCCAUUUCCACGUUGAGUUCAUUCCUGUUUCCUCCAAAUAUGUCGGUAUGGAUGGUUUGUACCUCUGCCACGCAGAAAGCCAUUUCACUGGUUUGUGUUGCCGUGAAGGUCUCGUGCGACAUUUCGACAAUGGACAUGUGAAGGAAUGCAGCAUCAGCUUUCCUAUGCAGCUCGCGAACUUAGGCAAAACGACAUUUUUUCGUUUGGUAGAGAAGCGUACCCAUGAUCCUCAUCGUCUCUGUAAUGUGGUGGGUGGUGCCGGUACGGUACACAAGCCUCCUGCUACAAAUCCUGAACUUCCGCACUUCACAUGUCCGCUUGUGCGGUGUGCGGUUCCUGGUUGUGAGGGCUCCUUGAUUGAAAAGCAACAUGUCAAGGCCAUUUGCUACGAAAUGACAGGUCUCCAAGACAUUAUCUUUGUACCUAAGCAGUGUAGUUCUAGAACUUGUUGCAGCACGUACGGCUACAAUUUCAGAUGGCUCAACGGUUCUAAAAUCAACGUCCUCAACGUUGAGGAUUUCAAGGAUGACGUGAUUUUCGCGAGUGCCAAGAAAGGUUUCAGCAUCCAGUACCUCCGCUAUCAUGAGGAGCUCCUCUUUCGUGGUCGUGUUUCCAUUCGAGCUAUCGAACAGGCGUACAAGUCGGUCUUUGGCAACGAUUCGGAGGAUGACGCUCAUGAUGAUGUUGUUUCUGGAUUUCGCAAGUUGCACCAAACGGCUUUGUUUUACUUCGUCGCACUCAGGGAAUUUCAGGUACUUAACCUCCGCAAGACACUAGUCAUUGACGAUGAGAUUUCCAACGCGAGUCUUGAGGUGUACCAGUCAUACUGUCACUCUAGCCUCUUCCCCCCAGAGAACCGCAAAACGGUAAAGGUGUUAGUGGGUGACGGUCAUCUCUCUCUCAAACCUCGAGGCGAAGAUGGUCCUAUGAAACGUGCCGGGCGGCCUCGCGUACACUCAAAGGUUCCUUCAAAGUACAGUAAGGGGUGGUUCAUGAUGUGUGAUCCCAACACAGGCCGAAUCAUAUCGCUCAUUGUGAUGCACGAACCUGAGAACAAUGAUCACGUGCUUGGAUCCUUGAAUGGAGUGCUUUGGUUGUACCCCAAGUUGAAGACUUUCGUGUAUGACAGGGCAUGCAGUUUCGUGAAAUUCGCCAACUCACACACAGCCUUGGAUCAGAUUGAGAACUACAUGGUUGACUGGUUCCACGCAUACCGGCAUGCCCCACAGUGUUCCUGCAAUCCACGACGCCGCAGAAAGUUGGGGAAGCUGAUCAAGGGUGUGAACACUAGCAUUUGCGCGCAAAUCUUUUCGUGGUUCAGGAGUUUCUCGUUCAAUUUCAAUGAGUUGCGCGGGAACCGGCACAAGUUCAUCAUCCUCUACAUGGCUAAGCGUCACAACGAAGCCACUGAGAAUCAGAACGCAGUGUACCUGCGCCCCAUCAUUCGCAACACACGUGUUUCCAAGUCGUACGCAUGCAGCACGAAGAAGCAGAAGCGCACAAUGAAAACCUCCCGCAAGAUCCGUGUCAUGAAGCUCAUGAAGAAGAGUAUGAAAAAGUAG